AUGAACGCCACGGCUGUCGGUUACAUAUCAGUAGCGCUUUCAUUUCUCAGCUUCAUUGCCUGCUUCUAUUCGUUGCCACUUCUUAUUGUCAGAACACAACGUAUCAAUGACGAUAUUGUUAACGAAAUUGCUGAAUUCAGAAGCAUGGAAGAUCAUAUCUGGAAUCAAUACAAAAAUAAAAUAGUAGUCAACAGAAGUGUUAAAAAUCGUAAAACACGUCAAGCUUCUGGACAGUGCACGUGCAACGCUAAUUCUCAAUGUCCACCAGGCCCUUCUGGUCAACCUGGAGAGCCGGGUCUUGACGGAGAACCAGGUCUCCCGGGUUCACAAGGAGCUCCAGGACUUCCUGGAAAUUUCCCGCCCAUCACUUAUGACUUUGAACAACAGUGUCGUAUAUGUCCAGAUGGACCGCCUGGUCCACCAGGCCAAGUAGGUCAAUCAGGAAACGCAGGAAUUGAUGGAAUACCAGGCCCAGCUGGACCACCUGGAGCAAAUGGACAUUCAGGAAGUAAAGGCGAAGCGGGACAACCAGGAGUGCCUGGAGCUGAUGGCAAACAAGGGGCUUCUGGAGCACCAGGAAAUCAGGGAACGAUAGGCGGUAAAGGUGAACCAGGAGUACCAGGCCCUGUAGGGCCGCCAGGUCCAAUGGGCACUCCAGGAUUUCCUGGAAGAGAUGCAAAGCCAGGGCCAAUGGGUAGUCCUGGUCCGCAAGGAAUGCCUGGUCUUUCUGGUUUACCAGGACCAAAAGGUUACAGUGGUUCAGAUGGACCACCUGGAAAACCUGGAGAAGACAUGUUAUAUUGUCCAUGUCCUAAUCGUCGUCGUGUAGAAUCUGUCACAACAAAACCAUAG